CAUACGUCGUUAGUACUCUGGACAGUGAGGAACUCCAGCCGGUGGCCACCUGUUAAAGGCGUCUCUGUCCAGGUACCUGGGCUCAUCAGCUGGGCUCAUCAUCGCCGCUAACGCGGGCCCUGUCACCUUGGAUUUUUUGUUCAUCGGUUCCGACGAUCGCUCUCAACGUUAAUAUCGACGAAUUCGAUUGAUUGAGCCACCGGAAGUCAUCGCGCGUCGACGAGAUCCCGCUCGUUCUCACCCAUCGAGAUAAAGAAUUUCGUCUUUGGCGCCGCGUUUUCUUUCCCCUCUUCUGUUUUUUGGGAGAGAAGGGAGAGAAGGAAGAAUCGGAAGAGAUACUGGAUUUCUAUCGGACCGCUAUUCCGCAGAGACUCCGCAGAGAUUCAACAAAUGAACAUUAUUAAUUUACAUUCUUCCUGCACGAUGAUACUACUUGGCAUUUUGGCGUUGACGACAAUAAUCGGCCUCACAGAUUCUGCUCCUUUGUCGUCGUACGAAAGAAGAGACGAUCGUCCCAAGAUCUUCUUGUUGAUGGAUCAAAGAAUACCAGAAUUUGAGAACGAGAUGCUCGGCAUGAAUAAUGACAUUUCGUCGGACGUGGCGCGCACCAAGAGAAUCGGUUCCCUGUCGAUUGUAGACAACCUGGACGUUCUGAGGCAACGAUACCUGUUGGAGUUGGCUCGCAGGAAGGCUCUGCAGGAUCAACGGCAGGUUGGCGAGAACCGCCGCGUUCUCGAGUCCAUCGGCAAGCGAUCGGCACCAGGCGAAUACGGAUCCGAUGACGCUGACAAGAACGUGAGACCCGGCACGAGGAAUGGUCGCGACCGGAACGCAGCGUCCGACAGGAUCGAGUGGUUCGAGGAGGAUGUUCCGCUGUUUCGCGCGUCGCAGGACGAUCGGAUGGCCAGAGUGCAGGCUAAUGAACUUCGCCUGUUGUAAUGCCGCGACUCGACCUGCAAAAAGAAAAACUCCAGAGAUCCGAUAUUUUAGCUUUGCCAUAUGCGACUUUUAAUCGAUCAUUGUCAUUGUUAAGUUAUUCCGUCGAUUUCGUCCUCUUUCAGUUUAUUCAUUCCCGUUUGACAAAACAGUCUGAAUUCUGGCAGUUGCGUGACAGAGGUGAAAAAUCGCUGAAUUUCACAAUUGACGAUAAGCGCAAGAGUAUUCUCAUUGAAAUCCAAUCGAGAAAUCGGAACGUUUUACACACACACAUACGCAGUAUUUGAUUUCUCCUUACCAUUAUUGACUUUUUAGCGAUUAAUUUAUUGAAUUAGUUUUGGAUUUAUCUCUGAAGCUAAGAGGAACGCGAGAAUCGCGAUUGCAUCGUUCGAAGAGAUACGACGACGAGAUGUAAUAGAUUUGACUAUCGCGCGUAACGUUCCAAAGAAUCGUACAAAGGUCUAAGCUUUAUGUAAACUCCUUUACUUCCGUCUCUUUCUAUGUCUAGCUUCUUCGGACACGGAGGAAGGCGUAACGAAGCAGUAUUAUGCAUUGUGAUUUUGUCUAAGCUCUUCUAUAUAUUGCAGAGAAUACCUGAUAUCCCCGAUCCUUAGCAUGUGUAUUUAAUUAUCGCGUUCGCGCAACAUUUAUUGAUAAAUCUGUGCGGAGGGGAAAACGAGGGCACGAGAGUUGAUUAAAACUUGCGACUUCACUUCUCUUGUCAACUAAUAGAUGUACAAAUGUAUUCGUUCGUUGUAUCGAUAGUUACCGCCUCUCGUGCGAUACCCAGCGUCGAUCGUUGGGCGCGCGCGAGGCAAAUCUCACUUGUGUGUACCUGCAGUUUUUGCAACUCUGAAGUCUAUUUUCUGCUAGUAUGCUAAUCAAAGAAGCUAUCCGCAAAAGAUAAGAAUCGAAUCUUGUGAGAGGAUCCGGAACUCAGAUAUACUGUUAAUGUUGAGAAGACGACUAAUAACGCGAUAAGAUUUCCAUAAGUACAAUAGAUGUAUCCUACACGCACAUUAAUUUAGAAAUAGUUUUACGCAUAUAUCUCGUUCGCUUUUUGUUUCGUUUUAAUAUUAUCGAUUAUUACUAUGAUUGUUUCGUCUUGUCGCAAUUAUAUAUUUAUUCCUGUACCAUAACAAGAGUACAAAGACAGAGCGAUUACCAUUUGCGCAAAAAAAGAAAAACACGAAUGUCCAUCGUAAUGCGUGAGAUUUGAAGGCCUCGCGAAAAAUGCGACAGAUAAAAUGUGUAUACGUAUUAUUAAUAUGCUUAUUUAAUUUAAGUUCACGCGAUCGUGCCAUAAGAUCAUUUUCACUUGUAAUUGUUUCAGUGCAUUUUUCGGGAAAUCUAAAAAAAAAAAACAAAAAACCGAUGUAGUUUUAAAUCUUUCAAUAAUGUCUAUCAAUGUUAGAACCUAGAACCUAGUUAGACUUCUUUAGAAUCUUUUUUAUUAUUAAAAGCGUUAAUUUGUAUAAUAUAAAAUUUGUCAAGAAUGAUGAAUGAAUAUA